AUGUCAGAUGCUUCUUCAACUAAUAAUAAAAACUGCAGUAUAGAAAUUGAUAAUGAUAAUGUUGCAACUGAUGAUAAUUUCGAAGAUGAUUUAUUAGAUCUAGGGUCAACAAAUAUAAAUGAAUCACUAGCAAAUAAAGAGCAUCCAGUAAAAGACCGUAAAGCCAA